AUGAAAAUGCACGAGCGCCGUGGCGCGGAACGCGAAUAUACUUGUAAUGUAUGUGGUGAAGUAUUCCGAAAUAUAUUUCCAUUACAAGCCCAUCAACGCGAAGUCCACCAAGUUGGUCGUGGGAAACGUACCAAGACGCCGACCCGGCGAACGAAGAGACAAAGAACUGAUGAACCAGGUAUGUAUAGAUGAAAAUAUUUCGAUUGCUGACUUUGUAUUUAUACAGAUAUUUUUUCUCUUUUAAGAACCUACAAGAUCUUCGACACACGUUAACGAAGGUAAGCAUUUGUGUGUUUUCCGUUGCUAUGGUUGUUAAACACCACUAGUACAUUUUUUUUCCUUUUCAGGUGCUUCUAUGUCUGCUGUCGUCAACAAAGGUAUGAUAUUCAAAUUUUUAUACCGCAUAUAGUAUAUUGAUUGUGGUGAUUUGAUGUGUAUAUUGACAAUGUUAAUUACUCGCAACCUCGGUUCUAAAUCAUUGCCUGGAGAAAGACUUUGAAAUCCUAACAUUUAAGAAAGAAAGACUUUGAAAUCCUAACGUUUACAUUUCAUGUUUGUGUUUGUGUUUGUGUUUGUGUUUGUGUUUUGUUGAUGUUUGUGUUUUGAAAACCUGAUAAAAAUAAUCGAGUAAUUUUUAAGCGUGGGUUUAUAGUGUGGAAUGUUCCUAAUUAUUCGUGUUAGACUUAUGUUCAUUUGAUUUAGAACUAUUAAUUUAUGUCAUUGUACGAGUAUUUACGCUACAUCUGUUUUGUAACAUUCGCUAGCGUUUUAUAGAAAAUAAUCAAGUAAUUUUUGUUGCGUGGGUUUAUCAUGUUGCUAUGUGAAAUUUGCAUGUCCCCAAUUUAUUCAUGUUAGACUUAUGUCAUUUUUUUACGAAUCGGGUGUUUGUAUGACAAAAUUAGUGCAGAGCUCUAGACAAAAAUAAAGAAUCGGGUGUUAUUUCUAUAGGACCCCAACCGUUCCCUCAAGAUUCCAUAUUACCCCCAUCUAACCUUCCUUCCCAACUCCACCGAGAUCAUUGGCGUGCUAUACGUACGCGACAAAGCCGAGGCAAUCGAGUACAAGAUUGGUACAACUAUCGUCUAAGCUCAGUAAAUAUGGGUCAACUUGUCAACAGCAUACAGCACAUAUUCGAAGAUCAAACCACUGUCUUUAAGUUAAAUCUCUCCUUUGGUUUCGUAUUGUUUAAUAACGAGACACAGCAGACGCAAUAUCACCACCCCUCAGCAAACAACAGCCGUGUCUUCGACUCCCCGUUCCAGAUUUGUAAUCGUGAAGAUUUAGCCCAAGUGUGUGAAGCAAUGCAAAACAUCGACAUUCAUGAAUGGGCUCGACAACAGCGACCUAAUUCCAAAUGGAUUGUCAUGGAUGUUACCAAUGUUACCUUCUACGUCACCAAACUUCGAGACUAUCCCAUAGGCUGCAGUGUCCGACUACCUAAAUACAUACUGGAGAGCCGUGCCAUUGUGUCGCUUGACUGUAAUGAACAUACAGGACUACCAUACGAGGAUAAACUGUGCUUUUUCCGUUGUUUGGCCCUACACCGUGGUUGUCAUCCCCAUAACCUGGAGCGCGACACUCACUACUUCUAUGAGCAGUAUUCUCAAGAUGAUGAUUUUGACGGCGUGACACUCGAAGAACUCCAAGAGUUGGAAAGGUUAUUCAAGUUGAACAUUUUCGUGUAUCGCCUUACAGAGCUACAUGACGAAGAUGACGACACGACCUCCAUCGUGGCUCAACUCAUACAGCGCUCCCAUCGUAGCUACGCCAAUUCGAUGUACGUGAACAUCUACGGCAGUCACUUCAGCUAUAUUAAGAAUUUGGCGAUGUAUUCCAAGUCCUACUGUUGUUCCAAGUGUGACAAAAUGUGGAAGACAGCAAAAGCCUUGAACCAACACGAACGAACAUGCGAAGCAACUAUACGUCACAUCUUCCCUGGUGGUGCCUACAAAGUUCCACAAUCAAUCUUCGAUUUGUUGGCUGAUGAAGGAAUCGAAAUCCCUGAAGACCUCAAGUACUUCCCUUAUCGUGCCACCUUUGACUUUGAGUGUUAUUUCAAACAUGAAGUUAACAUGGGAAGCACAACAUAUCCCCUUGAGUGUCUCUGUUUGCUCCAACGUCCCUGGUUAUGAUCAACCCAAAUGCUUCGUCUCAUCUGGCAGUACAAGUGAAAUGAUCCAACAGUUCGUGGAAUAUUUGGUUGAGGUCAGCCAAGAAAGUUAUGGAUUGCUGCUGGACCAAUUCUCUGACGUUUUUCGUCAAAUUGAUGAACGAGUUAAUGAGGUAUAAUUCACACGUAUUAGAUUCUUAGUAUAUUUCUUAUCCUUAAUAUUUUUUCUUAUAUCUUUAGGUGGGGGAAAACGAGGUUAUGGAAGUUGCCGCGGGGGAGGAUAAUGAGGUAAAUUAUAGGAAGGUUAUUUUUGCACUUAUAUUCUUUAUAUUCUAAUAUAUCUUAUUUUUUAGCAAAAUACAGAGGAGCAGAUGAUAGAGGAAAUGGUGGGAUGUUUGAUGGGACUGAAUAGUGAGGUAUAUAACAUAAGGUUUGAACUCAGCAGUGGUCUUUCCUGUGCUUACCAUAUGUGUACCUUUUUAGGCGAGUGAAGAUGAAGACGAAGUGGAUAAAGCUAAAGACAUUGAAGAGAAAUUUUAGCGGUUAUAUAGAUUAGUAGGGAUGUGUAAGUAUCUUGCUUUUUACUUAUGACACCUUUUCAUUUAUUUAGGAUGUGGUCCAUCCUCUGCUCAAACUCCAAGAUAAGUUGUCAGAAUACUUACAAGAGUUACCAAUUCUUGGAUUCCACUCUGGUAAAUAUGAUAUUAACGCUGCGAAAAACCCCUUCUUUUCACAUCUCGUCAAACACGAACAAGUUAAGUUUGUGAUAAAGAGGAACAAUAACCACAUGUGUCUUAAGACUCAGCACUUAAAAUUCCUCGAUAUCACAAACUAUCUGGCUCCGGGAUUUAGUUACGAGCAGUUCCUCAAAGCGUACGAGUGCUCCCAGACCAAAGGCUACUUCCCGUACGAAUGGGUCGACUCCCUCAACAAACUCAAUCAUUGCUCCUUACCACCACGCGAAACCUUCCAUUCCACUCUAUCCGGAACCGACAUCACUGAGGAACAGUAUGAGUAUUGCCAGGGUGUAUGGGACGAACAGAAUAUGACAACUUUCCGCGACUUUCUCGUGUGGUAUAACAACCUUGACGUAGUCCCCUUCCUUCAAGCAAUUGAUAAAAUGACAAGAAAGGCAAGAAAGGAAUUUCUGGCAAGAAAGGAACAUUGA